CCUGCUUGGGGAGUAGCUUGGUAUUUCUGGACCCCCAUCCAUUGUUCUGUGUGCAUCACCAUGAGAAAAUGACAUGCUGCUUCCUUUUCAAGAUGAUCUGAAGUGGCAAGAAUUUUCACUCUCCAGCCUUGAAGAGCAGCAUCUGAAUGCAAAUAUAACUCCAAUCAGCCUGAUGAUCUUCUUUUGAUUUCCUGAGCGAGGCCACCUCCUGGAUCACCACGUUCCUCUCACAAGACCUGAUGUUGUGGAAAUUCCCUUGCCUUAGAUGCAGAGCAGACUUUUUUUUUUAUUCCCCUAAAGGCUCCUGGUUUGUUGUCAGCAAAGCAUUUUCAAGCAGCAAGUACAGAGCUUUUAAGGGGAGCUGUGGAAGCAGUUAUUUUUGACCUACACUGAAAGCCUGCACCUGUAUUUCAUAACGGAGAGUAGGAUGUACCCACCUACAGGUGAUCCUAAAUGCCUCAGGGAGGAAAACAAGGCUUUUGACAUGCGAUGAAGUUUGGUUACAGAUGCUGUGACUCCGCCUGUUUCUCCAGCCAGGGGCUUGUAAGGGCUGGAGGGAGCCGUGCUGGCUGCAAUAGCUCCAGCUGACCACUUCCUCAAGCCAAGAGUUGUCUCGCAGCCAAAGGACCCGGUUUACUUAUGAUGGCUGCUGGGAAAAAAGAGGAACAACAAACACUGGAUAAGAGCACAAGAAACACUCUGCAGAAUCAGGCCAGCAGCUGACUGAGCCAGGCGUUCUGUCUUCAACAGCGGUGAAAGGAGCUGCUGAAAAUCUGACUGAUGCCUCAACAGCUGCCCUAAGCCUCUGGGAUGACUUUCCAAUUGCUGAAGCAUCUGGAUAUGAAUUGCACAAGCCAGUUAAAAAGAGUUCCCAGUAAUAUCUGGUAGAAGCUACGGCAGAGAAAUAAGUGCAAAAGACCCAGCCAGAGAGAGCAAGCCACUUCUCUGCUUUCUGAGUUUUCCAGAUGCACCCUGGGACCGCUUCUUCCUCACGCAUGACGGUAGAACCCACCGCUCUGUGAUCUGCAGUGAAGGACAGCAUUCAAGCGAAGGCUUUAUUAAUGAAGUAUGAUGGGAUGUGUACAUCUGAUCUUCCUAUCUGCCUUCCUCUCAGUUUCCAUGACAGCCGAAACAUUUGAUGCAAUGGAAAGUGAGGCUUUAGUUAUAAAAUGUCCCCGAUGGAGUUCAUCUGUGAAAGUGACCUGGUAUCACAUGGAUACUAACAAAAUAAUUCCUCCAGAAGAAACGGGAUCACGAAUAUUUUCCUUAAAUAGAUUUCUUUGGUUUCUGCCAACUUCUAGGGAGGAUUCUGGAAACUACACUUGUGUUAUACAUUUUUCAAAUAAUCGCACAAAGUUGUUCAACGUGAGUGUGCAGGUGCAUCCAUACAAGCAAGGACUAUGUUUCCCAAGUCAGAUUCGUUACCCAAAUGACACUGGAAGAGGAAGAAUUGUUUGUCCUACAAUUGACAAUUAUAAGAAUGCUACUAUCAUCCAGUGGUAUAAGGACUGCAAACCUCUUCAGGGAGAGAGAUACCUCAAGGAAGAAAAAUACGUUUUUAUUAAAAACCCAGGAAAGGAGGAUGAUGGUUAUUAUACUUGUCAAUUUAUCUACACUCAUAAAGGGAAUGUGUUUAAUGUAUCAGCAACAAGGAUUUUCAUAAGUGAGGCAAAACACUCACCUCUACCUCCUCAAAUUUUAUUUCCAAAAGAUAAAGAUGUAAUAGAAGUGGAGCUUGGUGUUGCUUGGUCUCUGAAAUGUCAGGCCCGCCUGGGGAUUAAGAAACCGCCAAUGGCUGCUGUCACAUGGGAUGUGGAUAACAUCCGGGUGAAAUACUUAGAUUUUUCAAGAUUUCAUGAAAAAACUAGUUUUUUUGAAGGGCGUGAGCAAGAAUAUUACAGAGAGACAACUUUGCAUAUUACUGAAAUAAAAAAGGAGGAUCUGCAAGCAAAUUUCACCUGCGUAGCAUUGAACGAAAUGCAAACCACAAAGGCCACGGUGACAUUACGACUCAAAGCACAAAGUGAGGUGGAUCUUCCUAACGUACUCUUGAUCGUAGGAUCUCUAGUUCUGCUAUUUGCAGUGGCAGGCUCCAUUAUACUUUAUCAGUCCUUCCGAGUUGAUAUCGUCCUAUUGUAUCGGGAGAUAUUUCAGCCCUACUCGGUCAAGGAUGAUGGGAAGAUAUACGAUGCAUAUGUUAUCUACCCCAGAAGCCACACCAAUGAAGCUAAUUUUGUGGAAUAUUUUGUUUACGAAAUCAUGCCAGAUAUUCUAGAAAAUAAAUGUGGAUAUAAACUGUGUAUUUAUGGGAGAGACAUAUAUCCUGGAGAAGAUACAGCCAGUGCAAUUGAGAAGAGGAUGCAGAAGAGCAGGCGGCUGAUCAUCCUCCUAACGCACCAGCUGACUAAUUGUAAAGAACCUGCAUAUGAUCAACACAUCGCUUUAUACAAUGCCCUCAUUCAAAAUGAUACAAAGGUGAUCCUGCUGGAAAUGGAGACAGUUGGGACUUAUGAGAAACUUCAGGAAUCUCUUAGGUUUAUUAUUAAGCAGCAAGGUACCAUCAAAUGGAAAGAGCAGCACACUGUGCACCCACAGUCAUCCAACUCUAAGUUCUGGAAGCAGGUGAGGUACCAUAUGCCACUGACACUCAAGUCUUCCUACUCAGCUAAUGCUGGAUGAGCAGUGAGUGGAAGAAAACAGUGGUACUCUAUCAGGAUGAACUACACGCCUGCAGCUCCUUUUUCUUUCAGUAGGUACAUGGUUUUACAGUCUGGAAGUCUGGUUGUAUUUUUGGACUUUUUUUCAGUCCUUCGAUUGAAUAACAAGGAGGUAAACUGAUGGAGGAUAUCUGGGGAACUGAGGGAAGUUUUUAUAGGUAUAGGAGUUCUGUAAAUAAAUCAUUCUAGGCUGUAUGCAGAAUUUUGCAUGUCACAGGAAACAAAAUUUACCUAUACUCUUUCUAUGUACACUCAUACAAAUAACUGAAAGUUUUAAUUCCAAAUAGCUGAAUGUUCUGCAAGUUCGCUUUACUUUUCUAAUGCAGUUGUUCAAAGAUAAAUGCCUUCUGUAUUAUUCAACUAGAAAGCAUAGUGUGUAUUAUUCAACUAGAAAGUGUAAUAUUGUGCUGUUGUUCAUUUUUAAUAAAUACACACCAAUACAUAUUUAUACGUAUUUUAAUAUUAUAUACAUAUAAAAAUUAAUCUCACACAAAGUGAAAAUUUAAAUCUUUCAAGUACAACAGACCAUGCUGUUGCUAUUGUUAUUAUCUCCAGAUAGAAAUAACAUUUUUAAAUGUAAUUAUUUUUUUUGUACACAGAUAGCAUUCCUUUAAACUAAUGAAAAAAAAGUCUUGCUGCAUUUUAUAACAGCUGGCAUCCACCUUUUUUCUUUCUGCUUUGACCUUUUGCCUAUUUAUACUUUCUUCUGACAGGCAUACCUUGAGAUGCAAAGGUCAGAGCCAAAUCUCCUUCUAGUUCAAGGGUGUACGAACAAAAUGUUUUCUACUACAGAUAUCUUUGCAAACUUUAAUCUUUUUAGCUUCUUAAAACCAGGAAUUUUCUUACUGUUGGGAAUGCUUGUUUUUGAGCUUCAAGCUUGCUAUGGAGAUGGACUUAAAAAGUGCAAAUUAGAUGCAGAACAUCUCAUGUUACCAAGUCCAGGCUUACAGAGCAGGCAAGUAACUUCCUUUUACUGUAAGUUUUUAUUGAAUGUGGAUCUUCUGACUUAUGGAUGGCUAUUGGGAGUGGGAAAAAUAUGUAUGCAAUAGAUGUAUAGAUUUUUUUUUCAACAUUAAAUUAAA